AUGUUUGGUCAUAUUGUUUGCUGCACUAUGUCCUUCGAUGUGUGGCACACUCUUGAGCUUCUUUUUACUACUCAGUCCAAAUCCAGGAUCGUUCAACUUCGUUUUCAACCUCAGUCUCUUAAGAAAGGGAACCUCUCCAUUCAUGAUUACAUUCUCAAAAUGACUAAUCUUGCUCAAAAAAAAUUUGCUGCAAGGCAACUCAUUACUGAUGAGAAACUUAUCCUCUAUAUUUUAGGUGGUUUGGGCCAUGAUUAUGACUCUGUUGUCAUUAACCUAACCUCUUGCCAUGAUGUUGUUACUCUACAGGAGGUUCAGUUUCUUCUUCAGAGCCAAGAGAUGCGUCUUGAACAACUGAAUACUCCUUCCUCUAGUGUUGAUCUUCCCUCUCCUAGUGCCAACUUUGCCUCACAUUUUCGUAGGUCUGCUACUAUUGGUGGUGUCCCUCCUAGCUACAUUGGUGUCCCUCGUCGUGACUUUACUCCUCGAGGUCGUGGCCAUGGCAGAGGGAGCAGAGUUCAUCGUCCAGUUUGUCAACUGUGUAAUUGUGUUGGCCAUGUGGCAAUGGGCAGCCUCUCUUGA